CAAUCUCCAUAUGCGCCGAUGUCUCUCCUCGCUUAUGAUCAAGAACACACUUACCCCGCGGGAGCCCGCAUGGAGCAGAGAUGAAGGAUGUGUGUCGGUCGUCUUAUGCCGAAAGAAAGAGAAGAGCAUCGGCGCUUGGAAGGUAUAUAAAGCGCCGAGUGGACGGACAGUGGCAAGAACUUGGUCUCCUUUCUCUACCUGACCUGUCUCACAGACACGUACCAGUCAUAUCAUCUCUGCCAACAGUGGUCGUCUCAUCAACCCGUAGCCCGCCUCCAUCACGCCUUUCCCCUACAUUCUUCCCGGACUUGAGGAACCCCACUCAGCACGCGUGUAGCUCAACGAUGAGCAACACCACCAUCUCCACGGCCUCUCGCUCGUCGUCGUGGUCGUCCUCCUCCGCCUCCUCCCUAGCCUUCCUCUUCGCACUCGUCAUGCUCUCAUUCGGAGUACAAGGAGCACAAGGUUUCAUGCCUUAUAUGGCCUGUCGAGCAGCUUGCAAUUCCGCCUACCUGAGCUGUAUGAGCGUCUACGCCUCGAGAGCAAUCUCCGGUUGGGCUUCGACUGACUCCCUUGUCCUCGCCAGGUAACAUUGCGAUCUGCAAUAUGACUGUCGCUGCGUGUUUCGCGCGAUGCGGAUGAUCGUCCCACGGAGAAACAACCCAAUCCUUCCACCUCUUCCGU